AUGCAUUCGGAAUUCAUUCUCUCUCCAUUCCGUUGCAAUAAUUUCAAAUGGAACGUUAAUCAGAUAAUCUAUAGUGUUGUCAAUGACGUGAACACUAUUGAGUUGUCUAUUUUUAUGGCGCCUUUUAUAACCAAAAGAUUGGCUUUCUUUUCUCCUAUUCCUUUGAAUAGUUUACCCAAUUUAUAUUUCCGUUUCUCUCUGCGUUCAGAAAUGUUGGAGAGAGAAACUCUCAUCUCUUUUUCUGUUCUACGCUGGGAAUAUAACUUAGCUUCUUUACUUAGCCGUGUUUAUGCAAUUUUUUCUCUCAUUUUCUCGUUUCUUUUUUAUUCCCCACGUACAUUUUCACAAUCAACCACAUUCAUUCAUUCCCCCACUCCGCUACCAUAUUUAUUCCCCUUCCUCCUACUCUUUCUCUUAUUUCUUCUUAACGUUUCUAAUUGCCUUUCUUCUUUUUUUUUAUUUCUCCCUCCAAUAUUUCUUUCUGGCUUGGUAUUUAUUCCGUUCGGUCCGUUUGCUCCACCCAACGCCUUUUCAUGUCUAUUAUCUAUCUAUCUUUCUUUCUUUUUUCUCAGUUCAUUCCUUUUAUCUACCUCUAAUGUUAUGAUAAAAGCCAAGAUUUUGAAUGAUAACAUUCUCUCCACCUAUCUACCUUUCUGUAUAUCAAUCUAUCUUUUUGAAAUAUUGAUUUCUGGUCUGUUCAUAUCUAUCUAUCUAUCUAUCUAUCUAUCUAUCUAUCUAUCUAUUUCGGGACCUUGGACCAUAACAUUAUCUAUCUAUCUGCCUCAUCCUGUUCAUAUCUAUCUAUCUAUCUAUCUAUCUAUCUAUCUAUCUAUCUAUCUAUCUAUCUAUCUCAGUUUGUUCAUAUCUAUCUAUCUUCUUUCUUUCUCUCUUUCUUUCUUCGUACUCAAUCAACCUGAAGCUAUCCACAUCUAUCUAUCUAUCUAUCUAUCUAUCUAUCUAUCUAUCUAUCUAUCUAUCUGUAUUUAUGGGAAUAGUGACAUACCCAUUAUCGUCCAUAUGCUACAACACUAUCUAUCUAUCUAUCUAUCUAUCUAUCUAUCUAUCUGUAUUUAUGGGAAUAGUGACAUACCCAUUAUCGUCCAUAUGCUACAACACUAUCUAUCUAUCUAUCUAUCUGUAUUUAUGGGAAUAGUGACAUACCCAUUAUCGUCCAUAUGCUACAACACUAUCUAUCUAUCUAUCUAUCUAUCUAUCUAUCUAUCUAUCUAUCUGUAUUUAUGGGAAUAG